AUGCUCGGUCCGAGGUUCGUCUUCUUUGCGCUGCUCUUGCUGCAGACUGUCCUGCCAGCCGCCACACACCAAAAAGUGAGUCUUCGACCCGACAUUUCUUUUUUUGUAUACUAUCCGAAAAAGAACCUUCUCCUCGCAACACAUUUGAGAGACUUAUUUUUUAAAAUUUUUGCUUUCUAAAGUUUCGAUAAUGAAUCUUGGAAAAGUUUCAAUCACCUUUGAUAAGAAUAUGUAAAAAAAAACCUGAUCUUCAACUUCACUUUCAAGAAAACUAUACCAUACCUUUUAACAAGAUCUUUUAAGAGAAGAAAAUUUACAGGAAUUUGAAUUCGCGGAAAUCUCCAACCUCUUCCAAGACCUCGACCGCCAGUCCGUAGAGCAGCUGUUUUCUCUGAACCCUCUCCGUGUAAAAAAUUGUUUUGGUUUCUGAAAGAAGAAGAUUUCUUUCAGGCCGGCUGUGGAGUAUGUACUUUGACCGUCGCCACCGUCAAGUUUUUUCAACGUUCCGUUUUCGGUAGAACGGUGAGCUCAGACUUCUUUUGUCGAGCCAAACGCUUAAUCAGACAAAAAUGAGUUUCUUCUCAAACAGAUUGAAAUAUCCGGCUUGUCGCUCUUGUUGAAAAUGGUCAUCAGGAAGCUGCCACUGUUUUCCACGCAUCUUCUCAGUGUCGCUGUCGUCGAGGUGAUCAUCUCUUUCCGUAAAUCCGAGACAAAACAAAAGAUACAAGAACUGAAGAAUGUAUGACGAGUUACAGGUUUCGUACCUGUAUUUGAACCGAGUAACAUCAAGAGAUGCCUGCGCUAUGAUGAAACUCUGUUCGAAGCCGAUCAUUUCUCUGCCGUUGCCUGAAGAAGAUCUUCCUGCCGACGACGGAGAUCAUGAAAAACUCAUCCUUCAGGUAACCUGAGUUCCAAGCUUUUUCUUUUUAUCGAAUAGCGAAAAAGCGCAUUUUCAGACUCUUUCGACGCCCGCUAAUGGUACCUCGCUGAGCGAUGAAAUGCGUCUGGUCGCGUCAACUAUUUUGGGAAAGGAUUUCGUGGAGUUCUCAGGUAAAGCGUCCUCUGACAUUAUCGAUUGAUUUCCAAUAACUCGAACAGACCAAUCCGAAAACUUCUUAUAUUCUUUCGCGCACGCUGUCGAAAUGCAGAUGAAGCACAUCCUCGAGCGAGAAGAAACCCCGUAUUUGUAG